CAAUCUUAUCAUCUUCUCCAAAACACCUUCUUUCAGUUUCUGUACAAAUAACACAGCUAUACAAAAUAGCAGCAGUCUUUAAAGGAGAAGAAGCACAGAGUGCCAUUCUCUUUCCCAUGGCUUCCACCACUCUCUCUACUGUUGCCUCCCCUUCUCAGCUCUGUUCUAGUAAAAAUGGGAUCUUUUCACCAUCCCAAGCUCUCCUUAGCAAGCCUGCAAAAGGUUUAGGCUUUGGAAGGGAGAGGAAUGGUGGUAAGGUGAGGUGUCAGGCUACUAGUAGUAUUACUGCUGAUAGAGUUCCUGACAUGGGAAAGAGGCAGUUGCUGAAUCUUAUGUUGCUGGGUGCUGUCUCCCUUCCUACAGUUGGGAUGCUGAUCCCCUAUACAUACUUCUUUGUUCCCCCAGGUUCAGGUGGUGUCGGUGGUGGAACAUUUGCCAAAGACGCACUUGGAAAUGAUGUAAUUGCAGCCCAGUGGCUUAAGACACAUGGUCCUGGUGAUAGAACCCUUACACAAGGCUUGAAGGGAGAUCCUACUUAUCUUGUUGUAGAGAAUGACAAAACUCUUGCAACUUAUGGUAUCAAUGGUGUAUGCACCCAUCUUGGUUGUGUUGUGCCAUGGAAUGCAGCAGAGAACAAGUUCAUUUGUCCCUGCCAUGGUUCUCAAUACAACAACCAAGGCAAAGUUGUUAGGGGUCCUGCACCUUUGUCAUUGGCCCUGGCUCAUGUGGAUGUGGAUGAUGACAACAAGGUGGUUUUUGUACCAUGGGUUGAGACUGAUUUCAGAACAGGUGAAGAUCCAUGGUGGUCCGCUUGAGCUUCCAGCAUAUCCCCAUAAAGUGUUCUGUUUGAUGGUUUUAAUCAGAUAACAAUGUAUUUUCAAGAAUUACAUCUAAAAAUGAUUCUAAUGAUAAGAAUUCAGGUUGAGUUUUUGCAUUCAAUCAGCUAUAUAUAUGUCAUCACUGUAGUUUGUCCAAUGUAAAUUGUGGGGGGAUAUCUGUGAUUCUAGUAAAUUUAUGUGUCAUUCCUGCUUGUUGGUCUCCUAUCAACAUUGUACGUAUUUUGAACCUAAUUAGUAUUAAAGUUUUCUAGUAA